GAAAAACCCUUGAGAUAAAGGCUGUGUAGCUCUCUCUCUCUCUCGCUCUCUCUCACCGUCCCUGGUGUCAGUUCGCUGGAGGAUUUUGUCGGAGUUUCCCGAGCGUCUCUGCAUCUUGAGGGUGUCCUUCACAGAAAAGAGCUUCUGCAAAAGUGUGUUUGAAAGUGAAGAUGUUGCUGGCUCUUUGUCGCAGUGUUAUCAGGAUCAGAGCUGGGCAGGAAUUCUCCAGAAAGCACAUGCUGAUGUUGCACGCUGUGGUAAGGAUGUUGUUGUGGCUGGUUUUGUUCCUGCCCGCCCUCUCGGUGGCUCAGAGGUCAGAGCCCGUGUUCUCAGCUAUAACCAAGACCGUCCUUCCUCCAGACUACGACAACAACCCCACCCAGCUCAACUAUGGCGUGGCUGUCACUGAUGUGGACGGGGAUGGAGACCUGGAGAUAUUUGUAGCUGGCUACAACGGCCCGAACCUGGUGCUAAAGUACGACAAACAGAGGAAAAGGCUUGUCAACAUCGCUGUUGACAACCGUAGCUCCCCAUUCUAUGCCCUGAGAGACCGUCAAGGCAACGCCAUCGGAGUGACAGCUUGUGACAUCGAUGGAGAUGGACGGGAAGAGAUUUAUGUCCUCAACACCAAUAACGCCUUCUCUGGUCGGGCAACAUACUCUGACAAGCUGUUUAAGUUCCGUAAUGGGCGCUUUGAAGAUCUGCUGAGCGAUGAUAUUAACGAACACAGAGACGUAGCCAACCCUAUGGCUGGGCGCUCAGUGGCCUGUGUGGACAGAAAGGGUACUGGUCGUUAUUCUAUCUACAUAGCAAACUACGCCAGUGGCAACGUGGGCCCUCAUGCGCUCAUAGAAAUGGAUGAGGCAGCAAGUGACCUUUCGCAGGGCGUCGUUGCCCUCUCCAACGUGGCAGAGCAGGCUGGAGUCAACAAAUUCAUUGGAGGAAGAGGUGUCGUGGUGGGUCCCAUUGUCAGUCAGACUCUGUCUGAUGUGUUUUGCGACAAUGAGUACGGUCCAAACUUCUUGUUCAGGAACAAUGGCGAUGGAACUUUCACAGAUGUGGCACAGCAGGCUGGUGUAGAAGACCCCAUGCAGCACGGCAGAGGGGUAGCUCUUGCAGACUUCAACCGUGACGGUAAGACGGACAUCGUCUACGGGAACUGGAACGGACCUCAUCGGUUGUACAUGCAGCUCAGUAACCGCAAGCAAAAGUUUAAGGACAUAGCAUCCCAGAAGUUUUCCAUGCCCUCUCCGGUUCGAACUGUUAUCGCUGCAGACUUUGACAAUGACAACGAGUUGGAGGUGUUCUUCAAUAACAUCGCUUACAGAGGCCCCUCCGCCAACAGACUCUUUAGGGUGAGCAGGAGAGAACAUGGAGACCCCCAGAUAGAAGAGUUGAAUAUCGGGGAGGCAGCAGAGCCUGAAGGACGAGGAACCGGAGCGGUAGCUACAGACUUUGAUGGGGAUGGGCGCCUGGAACUGCUGGUGUCUCACGGUGAAAGUGCAGCACAGCCUCUCUCUGUCUACAAAGUCAACCAGGGCAAUGCAAACUCAUGGCUGAGAGUGAUUCCCCGGACAAAAUUUGGUGCUUUUGCCAGAGGAGCUAAAGUGGUUGUCUAUACAAAAAAGAGUGGCCCACACACAAGAAUAAUUGAUGGCGGCUCAGGUUACCUCUGUGAGAUGGAGCCUGUCGCCCACUUUGGCCUCGGCAAGGAUGUGGCCACCAGUGUGGAGGUGUUCUGGCCAGAUGGCCGUUCAGUAGCCCGGGCCCUCGAGCCGUCAGAGAUCAACUCAGUGCAGGAGAUCCACUAUCCAAGAGAUGAGGAGGAAGUUACUCCUACUGUGGAAAUAGAGUGUGGUCACGGGUUUGCUUUGAAUGAGAAUGGCCGCUGCACGGAUCAAGAUGAGUGUACCCAGUUCCCCUCUGUGUGUCCCUCUGACCGCCCUGUCUGCACCAAUACCUAUGGUAGCUAUAAGUGCCGCGCCAAGAGAAGAUGCAACCAGGGCUUUGAGCCCAACGACGAUGGGUCAGCCUGUGUGGGUGAGUGGUCCUGGCAGAGUCAGGGUAGCCGGAUUACCAAGAUCGUUAGAACAAAAGAAGCACUACCAGAGAACGAGAUGCAUUAAGCCUUAAUUACAGUGGUUUUGAAUAAAAGGCUUAGAGGUGCUUACAUUCCUCCAACCGUGUCCUCUCUCUGCACCCCACUGUCUUGCAUGACUGACCCUCAUGUGAAUGAGCUGUCUUCCACCUACAAAGACACACAUGUCGGCUAACAUUUCCCUGCCCUUUGUUUCUCUCUCUUCUCGGCAGCCCAGGUGGCUUACUUUGGGGGAACGCGGUCUUCUGGGGAGCGCAAAUGCUCGGGCCUUACUUUCCGGCUGCUCCCCGUCUCUCUGCUACCACUCAUCUCUACCAAUCUCUAUUCUGGACUGCUGUAGCUGUGACUGUUUUCUCCCCUUCCUAACUCUUUCCACUACUAAAAGUGGAUGUACAGAAACUCUCAGAGCAAACUUUUCACUAAAAAAGAAAAAUUCCUCUUCACCUUCUCCUCUAUGGAUCUAUGCUAUCUUUACCCAUCAGCUAUUUACAGUCUCACCUCCUGGUCAUCCGCUGCUUUGUGUCACCUCUUGGCUCCCGGCCCCCUCUGGACUAUAAAGAAACAUACAGGGAGCAUGCUUGCUGGGAGCUACAGGGUUCAGAACUAACUGUGCCACACCCGCAGAGUCCUCACGUCAUCACCUGGCACUUAUCUUAGUGGGACCUGAAACAAGGCCAAGUCAAUAAGAGGAGCUUCGGCAUAGAAACCGCUGCGCAUACAGCAAACAGAUCUACUGGCUCCACAGACCACAUUCAUUAGAGACACGCUGAGCCCCAUCUGUAUAUCCAAAAUGCCACUAUGGUAAUCCUUACAAUGUCACUCUCAUUCUUAUUAUGCGCUUACUGGGAUGCUGAGGAACACCGGGUCUCCAAACUGUAUGUUUUGAGUGUGUAUUAAUGUGUUUGCAUGGCUGUGUGAGCCUCAGUGUACUGGGUCCAAAGAGGCAGUCGCGUAGGGGAACAUAUGCCAGACCAUCUGUCUCCGAUGGUAGGUUACAUUUUGUUACACAUGAAUUAUACAACAGCACAGAGAAGAAGGCAAACACAUGUGUGUGUGUGUGUAUGUGUGUGUGUGUGUGUGUGUGCGUGCGUGCGUGCGUUUGAGCACAGGAUGAGGCAGAUUUUACAUUUUUUGGAAAGUGUACUAAAACGUAUCACCGUAGGCAUGCGCAAAGAACAUGAUGACAAAAGGAAAACACCUAAAGCUGAACUGAACAGUGCACUUAAUUUAUGUUGGUGUUUCUCCUUCUGUUACACUGUGAUUACAAUCAUGGACUCAACAUGCAUUAAAAGCUGCUGUUCUUACAUUUUAAAGUGUGCAAAAUAAAGCAGCAGUCUUCAAGAUUCCAGUCCUGACUGAUUUGGGGACUCCUACAGGUCGUCUUUUGCAACUGGAUAUUGGUACGAUAUCACCGCCACAAGGAAUCCAUCAUGCCAGUGCUCACAGCCAGACCACAGUCAGUUUGGAGCAGUUGGUAUCGAGAAACUACUGAGACAAGCUUUGUGUGUUUUAGUUCUGACAGUAGAUAGAUGAUUAAUCCAAACAACUGCCGAGUAUUUUUCGUAGCGACCACCUUCGAAUGCAUUUUAAAAGCAAAAAUAUUCAGUCUACCAGAAAAGCUUUCUGGUAGACUGAAUAUUUUUAUUCCUUUUACAUUGUUUUUAGGGGUGGAUAAAAUCCUAGUUUGGGUUAAAUUACACCCUGUCAAAAACAAGAACUGUUCCCUGCAGAGGCUUUGUGACAGAAAGCAUUAAAGCAAACCUACCUUUGAUGUGGCAGCAGAAAAUUCUCAGUUUGCUUUAAAGGUAGCUUUUUUUCACCGCUAAUGAUGCCACAGGCACCUAGUUGGAAAUAAUAAUAAUCUUUGAGACUGCCGCUUUAAGUUUUAAGUGCACUAAAGCAUUCCUAAUAGUUUUCCACAUAAUAUAAAGCUUGACAAGCUUAUUACUUUCCAAGUCCCCUAAUCUAUCUGUGACAUUGUGACUCAAGCUCAGCUACAGUUUAGCCUUAAAAAUGAAUUUCUUAAUAUAUCAUUUCCUAAAACAGUGGUAUGCUGGUGUUUACACUGACUGUACAAUGCAGAUUUGGUUUGCAGUGGGACGAGGCAUUGACUUGUUUAAAAAAAGUUCCCGUGUACAUAAAAUGAAGGCACAUUGGUAAAUGUGUAGCUCAGUUACAAAGGCAUAAGAUCUAAUUCUUUAUUUUGGU